AAUUACAUUUGAACAGCGGAGGCAGUUUUAUAAAGACUUCAGCUUCCAUGACAGUUCAUUUGCUGACAUAAAACUUGAAUCCCUUUGCAGCCGUCACUGUGACUUUUCAGACUGAGCUAGUUAACCUCGGCAGAAGCUAACAGUUAGCUGUGUUAGCUUAUGUAUACACAGUCAAUGGAGAGAAUAUACAACCCCGUUUAAUUGGACGAGCUUCAUGAACAACUUCAGAUGAAGACUCCUCCGGACAGGUCAGGAAUCGUCUUUGAGGUCGGAGCUCAGCUAGAAGCCCGAGACCGCCACAAGAACUGGUACCCAGCCACGAUCGAGAAGAUCGACUACGACAAGGAGCGCGUGCUGAUCCAUUACCGUCAGUGGAGCCGCCGACAUGAUGAAUGGUUUCAGUGGAGCUCGCCGUACCUGCGGCCGCUGGAGCGAGUCAGCCUGAGGAGGCAGGGCCUGAACCCACCGUGUUCACAGCCGGUGUUUGUAUCAGGUACGAAGGUUUUGGCCUGUUGGACAGACUGUCGCUUCUACCCGGCCAAAAUCCUCAGAGUCAACAGAGACGACUCCUACACAGUGCGUUUCUAUGACGGUGUUGUUCGGACUGUGAAGCCCACGAAGGUCAAACCUUUCCAGGAAAAGUCCAGAUCUGAGAAAAGUGCAGUUGGAAGUGAGGGAUGGGAGGAAGGGGAGAGCGAGGAUGAGGAGGAGGAUGGUGGAGAGAGAGAGAAGGAGGAGGAGAAGGAAAUGGACGAGAAGGUGACAUCAGAGGAGAAGGAAGGACCUCAGGAGGGGGAGGGGGAGGAGGAGAGGAAGAGGAAGGCAGACCCUUCAUCCUCCCAUCCACCAGCAAAGAAGAAACCAGAUGACAGCAGAAGCAGUGGAGCUCCAAAUGAGCCAAUCACAGCUGACUCCCCCCAGCCAGCUCCUCCUAACCCCUCCCACAUUGACAGAGACGUCCUGCUGGAGCGUCAGGCCCACCUGCCCACCACACACAAAUUCAGCAGAGAACCACUGUACAGGGUGAUAAAGAACCAGCCUCCUCCCAUUCUCUCCAUUGAGUUGGACCACAACCCCUUCAAGUGUCCUGCAGCGGGCUGCACCAAGUCGUUCAGGAAGGCGAGUUUGCUGCACUACCACAUCAAGUACUACCACUCCGAGCAGCGGCUGGACGAGCGAGGCGGCGAGCAGGAGGCGCCGAGGAGGAAGCGGACAUCUUCUAAGGGGGGCGAAUUCAAUUCAGACGUGAAGAACGAGGACCAGAACGAUACCUGUCACCGUGACGACAGAGAGCACAGCGCCAUGGGAACAGAAGUGAAGAAGGAAGGAGGUGCAGAGAGGACAGGAGGACAGGACAGAAAGGAGAGGAAGAACUUCCUAAGAGUCAAACUAAAGAAGAAGAAAAAGAAGAAGAAGAAGAAGAAGAGUCAGUUAGGACUCGGCAGCAGCGAUGAUGAGAACUCAGACAGACCUCCGAUCACUCUGAAGCUCAACAGUGAACAUCACAGCCCCCCCACACACGCGGACGACGGCAGCGACUGGUCGACGCUGACGGCAGAGAGCGGAGAGGACACGCCGUCUUGGCCUGUCGCUAUGGAGACAGAGGAGUGCGAGGUGGUGAGGUGCGUGUGCGAGGUGGACGAGGAGAACGACUUCAUGAUCCAGUGUGAGUCAUGUCUGUGUUGGCAGCACGGCACCUGUAUGGGUUUAUAUGAAGACAACGUCCCACACAACUACAUCUGCUACUAUUGCAGACACACUGCAGGUUGGAGGCGGGCUCAGCGUUUCCUGUCAGAGCCCGAUUUGCUGAUAUCUGGUCACAUGUUUGGCCUGUCGUGCGUGAAGGAGAACUACUCGGAGAUCAACGCCUCCAAGAUCUCACACACCAGCCAUCUGCUGGCGCACACGCAUGGCCUCAAUCAGGUCCUCAGCGGGCUGCAGCUGCAAAUCAGCCUGUUACACUCUCCAUCCCACCCUGAUCUGCAGCUGUGGAGGUUGCCGUGGAGACGAGAGGAGGGGCCGAGAUCGACGUCCAGCCCGAGAGGAGAGACUUCCCUCUGUUACGUCAGCAGCGAGCACUGCUACCAAAAGCCCGGAGCAUCAUGGGAAAAAUCGGAGGAGAGAGAAAAGGAACGGCAGACGGCUGCAGCGAAGGAGGAGCAGAACUCUGAGCAGACGGAAAUAAAACCUGAAGAUGUCGACAUGAAACCAGCGGCUGCCACCGCAGAUGCAAACGUGGUGACCCACUCAGACACACACAGAGACCCCUGCGUGAAAAGAGAGAACCACGCACACACAGAGAGCCGCGAACAAACGCGCACGCGCGAGCCCCGUGCAGCGUCUGUGGCCGAGUGUCAGCUGAACCUGCUGGAGCAUGUCGAGUCCGUGCACCGCCAGAUCAGCGCCAGGAUGGACCUGAUAGAGCGAGACCUGGACGUAUUAGAGUCCUGGUUGGACCACUCGGGUGAGCUCGAGCCUCCCGACCCUUUGUCCCGCCUCCCGCAGCUCAAACAGCGAAUCAGACGGCUGCUGCGCGACCUCUGCACCGUGAGGCGCCUGUCGGUCUGGCGCUGACACUUUUGACUCCCGAAACUUUGACCUUUGGCCCUGCGAGUCACUGCUAGCAAACGCAGACUAACAGAUGAGGCUAGCAGACGAGGACGACACUUUGAGUCUGGAGGACACAGUCGCAGGACAGCGCCCCCUCUGGUGGACAGAAGGUGCGCUGCGACACGAAGAGGAUGACGACAUUUUUUUAUAAACUGACCGUUAAAAGCACCUGAACAUUUCCCAAACCGCCUCCAGCAGGACUCCAUACGGUGUCCAACCACAUGAUGACGACAGGUUUGAUUAUUGAUUGAUUGAUUUGAGCUUGUUUUUUUUGAUAAGCUGCCGUCAUCCAUGUGGUCAGGACACAGCGUUUGUCUGUUUGAAUGUCUCGGUAACAUUCGUGACUGAACUGACCGGAAGCUUUCGACUGAAUGUUAACUCACUGCGUUUUCUAGCAGCCAUCCAAGCUGACAAACACACACUUACAGGAUUUCAGCAGAUUUUUGAGGAAAUGAGGAUUUAGUGAAAAAGAUUUCCACAUGAUGCUUUUAUAAGUUAGAUAUUUCUCAAUGCAGAGAUUUUGUAAUUGUACUAUAAUUAGUACUAACUGUAAUUAUCCCAUUUUUAAAAAAUAGAGAAAAAAGGCCUCAGAGCAGAAAGUAUUGAAGUAAAAGUGGUUCUAAAAGCCUAAAAGUGACCACCAGCACCAGCCGGGCUACCACCACAGCUCUCCCGGCCGUUUACUCCCCUGUGGCAUUUGGUUCUCAGGAUUUUUCAUCAUUUUGUUUGAUAAAAAGUCGACACAGAGCCAACUAGCUUACUACCUGUUAGUUAACUAGCAUCAGUUGUCAGUUAACGAGCUGGUUAUGUAUUGGUACCGUGGACUCCUGCCUCAGCGUGUGAACCAUUCUUCUGUAGCUGAUCAGUUUGUACACUAACACAGAAGCUUUAAUUAAACUGGCUGACACAGCUCCUUCAUUUUCAAACGUCAGUCCUGCGUCUGUGCUCACCAGAGUUAAACUUCAUGUGAGUCUGCAGCAGGUCAUCGGACGCGGCGAGGCCGGACUGAAAGCUUUGAUGCUGAAAUCCUGAACUUUGCGCAGCCCUCCGCAGCGCGAGAGGCCGUCUGAAUGAGGCGUGAACAGAAGUUGUUCACACUUCUGUCGGCACAAACGCGCUGCAGGAAAUAUCAUUCGUGACUUACAGAAGACGAUUUCCUGGGUUUCGCCCUGACUGAGCUCAGUUCAGCUCGCAGUUUUCUCUGCCUUUUCUCUUUUUCGAUAUUUCUUCUUUCUCAUUUUAGGCGAACUCUUCUACUUUUCUAGAUUUAUAUCAGCGCUUUUCAUUUCUUUCUGAUUUUAAAAAGAAAAAUGUAAAUGAAGCUUCUUAAAAACAAUAUUUCAGCGGUCAUGGAAGCUCACUGUUGACCUUUGGGAACAGUUUAUGAAACUCACUUCAUCUCACUGGCCACCUUCACCAAACAGAGCCGACUUCUAAUAAGUUGUUGUAUGUGUGAGUUCAGUUUUUUUUGUUCAGGUUAAUCUCAACACACUGAUCAUGAGCGUUUCUGUAUAUAGUUCUGAUUCAUUACAGACGGAGAGCGCUGCAGCCGCUGCAGCCGCUGCUCAGAAGCAUCGUCAGUAUUUCUUAGCGAGGCCGUGCAGAUUUCCUAACAGUCUAACAAACUGUUCAAAACUUUCCUCUCUUGUGGCACGAAAACAGUUUUAAAAUGUAAAUAUGUCAAAGUGAAUGUUUUUUACACUUGUAUAAGAAGCUAACUGUAUAAAGCUGUAGAUUUAUUUUGA